UCCAACUAAAAAGUAAAACCUACAUGGCUCUCCCUUCCCAUCUAAUGCUUUCGUCUGCCUUCUUCUUCCUCCUCAUAUAUUUCAACUCCAUUUUUCUUGCACUAGAGUCAGCCACUCUAAGUAUUGUUACAGACAAGGAAGCCUUGAUCUCAUUCAAGUCUACCAUAAGCCUGGAGCCUCCCAACCCUCUGUCUUCUUGGGACCAAAACUCAUCCCCAUGCAAUUGGUCUGGAGUUGUCUGCAACAAACCUGCCAACAGAGUGGUUGGCCUUCAUCUUUCAGGUUUUGGACUUAAAGGGUCCAUCACCCCUCAUAUUGGCAAUCUCUCCUUCCUCCGUUCCCUUCAACUCCAAAAUAACCAAUUCACAGGAAAGUUUCCUACACAAAUUGUCAAUCUUUUCCGUUUGAGAGUUCUGAACAUGAGUUUCAACAGCAUAGAAGGUGUGCUGCCCUCAAAUAUAAGCCAACUGACCCAACUCCAGACCCUCGACUUGAUGGCAAACAAGAUUACAGGAAGAGUUACAGAAGAGCUUAGCAACCUGGUGAAGCUCCAAAUCUUGAAGUUGGGAGGAAACCAUCUAUAUGGUUCAAUUCCGCCAGCCAUAGGAAACCUCUCCUCACUCACCACUUUAAAUUUAGGCACCAACAAUCUUACUGGCAUCAUACCCAGUGACUUUGUUCGCCUUCAAAAUUUGAAGGUACUUGAUCUUACCAUUAACCAAUUGUCUGGCACCAUUCCUCCAUCCAUAUACAACAUGUCCUCCCUUGUUUCGUUGGCAUUAGCUUCAAAUGACCUAUGGGGUGAGAUUCCUGGAGAUAUUGGGAUUAAACUCCCGAACCUCUUGGUUUUCAAUUUCUGCAUCAAUAAAUUCACAGGAAGGAUUCCGUGGUCUUUGCACAAUCUCACCAAUAUUCAACUCAUUCGCAUGGCGCACAACCUUCUAGAAGGAACAGUACCCCCAGGCCUGGGAAAUCUCCCAUUUCUUUUAAUGUAUAAUAUCGGUUACAAUAACAUUUUUAGUUCCGGUGAGGAUGGUCUCAAUUUCAUCUUUACUUCUUUGACAAAUAGCACCAAACUCAAGUUUCUUGCAAUUGAAGGCAAUCAUUUGGAGGGUGUGAUUCCAGAAUCAAUAGGCAAUCUCUCAAAGGUUCUCUCAAAGUUAUACAUGGGACAGAAUCGUAUUCAUGGGAAUAUACCCGCCUCCAUUGGUCGUCUUAGUGGCUUGGCUUUGCUAAAUCUGAGCGACAAUUCGAUUUCAGGUGAAAUCCCACCUGAAAUUGGGCAGUUGGAGGAACUGCAAAUGCUGGGUUUGGCCAGAAAUCGGAUCUCGGGCAAUAUUCCAAAUUCCCUAGGUAAUCUCAAAAAGUUAAAUCAGAUUGAUCUAGCUGGAAACAGUUUGGUGGGUAAAAUACCCCUUACUUUUGGGAACUUUAGGAAUCUUCUUUCCAUGGACUUAUCCAAAAACAACCUCAGUGGGAGCAUACCCAAAGAAAUUCUAAGUCUCCCUAGUUUGAGCACUCUUUUGAAUCUGUCUAAAAACUUUCUGAGUGGACCUCUACCUCCAGAAAUUGCUCUACAAAGUGUUGUUACCAUUGACCUUUCUGACAACCGUUUGUCUGGUAAUAUCCCCAGCUCAAUCAAAUUCUGUGAGAGCUUGGAGAAAUUAUUCAUGGCCAGGAAUACACUUUCAGGCCCUAUUCCGAAUACUAUAGGAGAAUUGAAAGGCCUGGAUGCCCUAGAUCUCUCCUCCAACCAACUUUCUGGCUCCAUUCCUGUUGAACUCCAAAACCUACACGCCCUUCAGUCGUUGAACCUAUCUUUCAAUAAUUUGGAAGGGGUAGUUCCCAGUGGUGGACUUUUUAGAAAUCUCACAAAAGUCCAUUUGGAAGGCAACCCAAGGCUUUGCUUGCAUUUGGCAUGCAUCAAUUCUCGUGGUCGUGGAAGAAUUGUAGCCAAAGUUGCACUUAUCCUAGUCCCAUUAGUCUUCUUCUUCUUCCUACUUGGCUCACUGUUCUUUGUGUUCUACAUAAAGAAAAGCACAUCAAAGAUCACUAAAACUUCUGAAAUGCUGAAAGGACAACAUCAAUUGGUCUCCUACAAUGAGCUGCGUCAGGCAACCGGAAACUUCAACCAAGAAAACUUAAUUGGGAAAGGUAGCUUUGGAUCAGUGUAUAAAGGCUAUCUAAGGCAAGGGAUUGAUGUUGCGGUUAAGGUCCUUGACACUGAGAAGACAAGCUCUUUGAAGAGUUUUUUGGCAGAGUGCGAGGCUUUGAGGAAUGUUAGGCAUCGGAAUCUUGUUCGACUUAUCACAUCAUGCUCUAGCGUGGACUUCAAGAAUAUGGAAUUUCUGGCUUUGGUUUAUGAAUUUUUGAGUAACGGCAGCUUAGAAGACUGGGUCAAGGGUAAGAAGAAGCACUCAAAUGGGGAUGCCUUGAAUGUUGUGGAGAGAUUGAACGUGGCUAUCGAUGUUGCUUGUGCAUUGGAUUACUUGCACCAUGAUUCUGAAGUUCCUGUGGUUCAUUGUGAUUUGAAACCCAGCAACAUUCUUUUGGGUGAAGACAUGAUAGCAAAGGUGGGAGAUUUUGGCCUGGCCAGCUUGCUGAUGGAAAGAACAGGCAAUCAACAUUCUAUUAGCUCUACAUAUGUUCUAAAGGGAUCCAUCGGUUACAUACCCCCAGAGUACGGUUUGGGAGAGAAACCAUCAACGGCUGGAGAUGUAUACAGCUUCGGCAUAAUGCUGCUUGAACUUUUUACUGGGAAGAAUCCAAUACAUGAGAGCUUCAUUGGAGGCCUAAACCUAACCAAAUGGGUGCAGUCAGCUUUCCCUGCCAAAGUGAUGCAAGUACUCGACCCUGAGCUGCUACUGCUUAUGAGCAGCCUUUACCAUAAUGGCCAACUCAUAAGCCCUGAUAUUCAACAGGGUUGCUUGACCACAAUCCUUGGGGUGGGGCUAUCUUGCACCGAGGAAUCUCGUGAUCGCCGCAUUACUAUUAGAAGUGUUCUACAGAAACUGAAAUCUGCAAGAGAUACCCUUUUUAAAGCUGCAGCUCCCACCGAGAAAAGUGUGACACUAAUCAUGGAUAGUACUAAAAUAUGAAUAAUGUUUGUUAGAAAAAGUAUAGUUGAUGAGAUCAUCUAAGCAAUAAGCUCCCGGUCUUGAUCAGCAGUUCGUGCAAAACUCUCUAUAGUUUUCUUUGCUUUUAAUGGGUAAUAAUUUCUGUUUUAUUAUGUUGUGUUGGUGAAGAACAAGGAAGCAUAAUCGUUUGUUAGAUUGCUCUUGAUUUCUAUAUAUAUGCACGUACGUCUCUUUAUCUCCUAA